CUCGCCGCUACGUGCGCACUGGUGCAACUACUCCCUCCCGAGCCGCCAACAAAACAAGUCCACCGAGAGGCCGCCGUACUCGCCGCGUCCGGCGUGCACCACGCGCGGCGCCCGCGCACCAUGCCGCUCUCCUGCUUCGCCCGCCGCGGCGGCGAGCCCUCCCCGGCGCCGCCGUCCUCCUCGGCGACGUCCGUCUACUGGACGCACCUCGGUGCCGUCACGCUGACGUGGUCCCGCGCGCCGAUCGGCCUGCUCCUGGCCGCGGAGCUCCGCCUCGCCGGGGACGACGGCGACGGCGACGACGCGGCGCCCGCGCGGUUCGGGCUCCGGCCGUGGCUCCCGUGGCGCCGGCGCGGGUCCAGGCGGUUCUCCCUGCCGGGCGGCCGAGCCGUCACCUUCUCGUGGGACCUCUCGCGCGCCCGCUUCGCCGCCGCCGGGCGCCGGCCGGAGCCCGCGUCCCGGUACUCGCUGCACGUCUCGGUCGACGGCGAGCUCGCGCUGGCCGUCGGGGACGGCGCGCGGCCCGCCGCGUCCGCGGGGUUCCUCCUCUCCCGCCGGGAGAACGCCGUCGUCGCCGACGGCCCAGGCGAGGCCUACGCGACGACCGUCAACGUCGCGGGCGAGGCGCACGAGGUGUCCCUCGCCGUGGAGGAGUCCGCCAUGUGGGUCGCCAUCGAUGGCGAGAAGGCCCUCCAGGUGCGCCGCCUCCGGUGGAAGUUCCGCGGCAGCGAGAGGCUGGACCUCCCGCGCGGCCGCGUCCGCGUCACGUGGGACCUCCACGGCUGGCUCUUCUCCCCCGACGCGGCCGCCGUCUUCGUCCUCCGCUUCGAGGCCUCCGACGCGGACGACGACGACGACAGGGAAGCCGAGGAAGACGCGGGCGCGGGCGCGCCGGCGAGGCAGAGUUCGUUCACGAACCGCCACGCCAGCGGCGGCGGCGAGAGCUGGUGCAGCAGCGACAGCGACAGGAGGGGGUGGAGGCGCGGCCCGUUCAGGUCGGGCUCGGACACGUCGCCGACGGUGUCGGUGGCGUCGACGUCCGCCACGUCGUCGGCCGGCAGCGUGGCGACGGUGUCGGAGUGGGCGGCCGCCGAGGAGGCCGUGGCGCUGAAGGACGGCGGCGGGUUCUCCCUCGUGGUCCAGCUCUGGAAGGAGAGGAGAUAGUGGUAAGUGCUGCGUCAAUGGCGCCCGUACGUCGCCAUUCCAUUGUUACGUUGCUUCGCGUUGCAUGGAACAAGAUCGAUCGGUCGUGCUUGGAAUUUGGAAACCAAUGCAUGUUUGGUAAGGAAAGAUUUUGUCACACGGGUGAGCAUUCUGUGAGUAAAGUUUUGAUUGUUCUUAUGCUCCCUUUCUUGAUGAUCUUCUAUUGAGUAUUGACCGUUGACGCUGUA